AUGGAAUGUAAAAAUGAUGGAAAAACCACAACUACAGAUUCCACAAGAGCCAAUAGUACAGAAGUUUUCUUUCGGUUUAGAUCUGGAAAAGAGAACUCUUUCGAAGAACGUUUAAGCACAAUGCAUGAAUUAAGGAAAUGGAAUCUUUUGAUGACACCGAAGGAAUCUAAGAACUUUUUAGGAAAGCAGUUAGAACAAAUGCAAUGUGAAAUACAUGUAGAACAAAGAAAGGGGGGUUCUUUUGCGUUUGAUAUUUGCUCAGAGAGUCAUGAACAUGAUUUUAAUCAAUGGGUAGAAGAGUGUUUGCAUUUGAUAAUGGAAUCCUUCAAUGAUUCAGAAUUACUUUUAAUUAGUGCACCAUUUGAUGAAAUGCAACAUCUUUCAAAAACGAUUAAAGACUCAACUGCAGUGAAUGAUGGCUUCGUGUCAAUAGAUGAAUCGAAAGAAGUAUGUGGACAAUUCCUCUUAGGUAGAGGAGAACAUGUCAUAGACCUGUUAUCAGACCUUCAGAGACACAUCAAAGAUGCCAAGGUUUCGAAUCCACAGAAUAGAAAAGACGUUUCUUAUGAUGUUUUUCAUUUGAAUACAUUUCAAUUGCGUUUGAUUGGUAUGUUUAAUGGGGUAGAGAAGGCAAAUGAAAAUCAUCCAGCCGUGAAGAUGUAUAUCAGUGGAGAUAAAAUCAUGAUGAUCGGACAAACCGAUGAUUGCUCUGCUGCCAGUGAUUUUAUUAGAAACAAUUCCUGGUUGUCAGAUAUUCAGCAUAAAAAGUUCCCGGCAAUGCAAGAGUUUCAGUUCUUUCUAAAAAGAGAAGGCGUGCAAAAAUACAUUGACAGUAAAAUAAACUCUAUAGAAGGUUCCUGGGCAAUUGUUGAACUUCCAAAUUCAACCAACACUGAAAUGGUUAUGAUAUAUGGAAAGACAAAAACUGAUAUUCAAAGUAUUGAAAAUAUUUUGCAAUCUUCUGUUGUGAGGAGCCAAUGUUUAAAUAUGAGUUUUAUGGGAGUAAAGAAAAACAGAGAGAAAUGGCAAGAGUGUGUAAAGAAAUUAGAAGACACCUUUGAAGGAAAAAUUCAUAUGCAAAUUGAGAAAAAUUCUGGCAAUUAUGUUGCAACAGUUAUCUUUACCUCUGAUCUCCAAGACGACGAAAACAUGAGAUUGCUUCUUAAUGAUAUUGAACAACAAGAGUCAAUAAAAAACAUGGUGCAAUUGAACCAAAAACAGUUCAUGUGGCUUCAGAAGUACUACCUAGAAGAUAUACAAGCCGAAGGAUUGAAAAAUGGCAUAGAAUUAAAAUUUGACGAGGAACAAGGCGGCAUUGAAAUAACAGGUGGAUCUUCCGCAUUGACUGAAAUUAAAAGGUUUAUUAAUUCAAUAUGUAUGGAAGAACAAGAUAUAUUACUGCCUUUGAAUGCUUUACCGUCUGAAGUAUGUACUUUUUUAAAUGAAAAGAAAUGCUGCUAUGAGCAGUGUCAGGUUGAAAAUUCAAAAUGUUGGAUAAACGGGAAAACGGCAUUUUGCGUCCACAAAGGCAACAAGAGGACAGAGCACCUUUUUGCGGAUGUAAAAGUCAAGCCAAUACAGUCUGAAAAUGAAGAUUUUGUAAGCAGUAUCAAGUGGAGUGAUGACACAAAUGUUUUGCUGAACAUCCCAUUGUGGCAAGGUGGAGAUCAAAGAGAAGAACAACAAGUGAACAGUACUUUGGAAUUGCUAUUUUCAGAUAUUGUAAAAAAUAGGAAGAAAGCAAUAAUAUUUGAAUUGGAAGAUCUGAGUUCAUGGCCAAUGGAAAACUUUGUGAAAUGCAUCUUGCAUUUAAUAGCUGUCAGCGAGUUAUGGUUUCUUUAG